UCAAAGGCGACAGGCAGUCUGUAUCCUAUAUAAUAUCUUAAUUACCAAUUUUCGCUAAUUACCACCACCAAAGUCGUUGGAGAUCAAAAAUGGACCCCUCGCUCCACUCGCUCCCCCACGUCCCACCUGACAAAGGUAACUCUGCUGCACCAACCCCGCGGGUAUAAUAACCUACCGAUCCCCAUCCUUCUUCUCUAUCCAAGCUCCCACCAUAUUCUCUCCUACUAACAUUUCUUCAAGCAACAACUGCAGCAACAAUCAACAGGAGAGCCCGGUGUUCGACCAUAUUUUCUCUCUCGAGACAGAAGAGGGACCGGUGCUAGAGAGCUUCCACACAACAGCAGCAACAACUACCCAAACCGCUCGCGGCGAAAGGACCGCAGCAGGAUCGCUAGAGAGAAGGAGCACCAGAAGGAGAAGCCGAUUAUUAUAACAUCCGCUGAAGAGAGGAGAAGAGAGUUAGUUCUCAUCAGGGUGAUCCAAGGGGAACACGUCGUCUCUCUCACUCUCACAGGAUCGUGGCUUAUACAGUGAUACAGUGGAUGUACGCAGUGGAUAGUGACGCUCUGCAGAGAGUUCAGUGAUUUCUUCAUUCAUCAUGUGAAGUUGUAAAGUUUGUUUAGUAAUUUUUAAUACAAAAUCGACACGAUGAAAAGUUGGAAAGUUUUGACCAUUCUACUCUUCGCCGCUGCUGGAGUUUUCAGAGAGGUAACCCCCCUGGGCGGCGUCUUCGAGCUGCGCCUCCGCUCCUUCACCACCCCUCUGAACCGUGACAUAGACGGAUUGUGUUGUUCCCUGAACGAGUCCGACUGUAGGACAAAGUGCACUCCAAAGUUUAGAAUUUGUGUGAAAAACUACCAAGUGACGAUUGACCCCAGUGGUGGGUGCUUCUUUGGGGAGACCCUUACGGAGGUGCUCCAGUUUAAUAGUGGUGGUGGAAGUGCUGGAAAAUCAUCAAAUCUGUUCCAUUUCCCCUUCAACUUUCGAUGGCCGGGCACCUUCUCGCUAAUAAUCGAGGCCUUCCAACCCAACCCACCAUCCACUAGCAGCAGCAGCAACUCAACUCACCGCCUCCUGACCCGCAUGGCCAUCCAGCAAUACUUGGACAUCUCCGAGUCCUGGAAAUCCCGAGAAUGGAAUUCCACCCUGAACAACACCUUGAAAUACGACUACCGCGUCCGCUGCCUACCCGAUUACUACGGAGAAGCCUGCGACAAGACUUGCAGACCGAGGGAUGAUAAGUUUGGUCACUAUACGUGCGAUCAGGAUGGGGAGAGGAGGUGUCUCGAAGGGUGGAGGGGGGAGUACUGCGAAGUGGCAAUCUGCACUCCGGGCUGCCUCCACGGCUCCUGCAGCACCCCAUCUACCUGCGACUGCCACUCUGGCUGGGAAGGGUCUACCUGUUCCUCCUGCACCCGAUACCCGGGCUGCAAGCACGGCCGUUGCACGAAACCCUACUCUUGCGAAUGCGACGAGGGCUGGGGCGGCCUGUUCUGCAACCAAGACCUCAACUACUGCACCAAUCACAGGCCGUGUUUAAACGGAGGGACCUGCUUCAACACGGGGCAAGGGAGCUAUACUUGCGAGUGUUUGGGGGGGUUUGGGGGGGCGGAUUGCGAGGUGGUGAAGGAUUUGAGGAAUAACACUUGCUGGUGCGAGAAUGGGGGGGUUUGCAAGACCACCACUCUCGGCCUAAUCUGCGACUGCCCGGAGCCCUUCACCGGCCCGAAUUGUCGCUCAACCCCACAGUCCACGCUGGCGCAGUGCCCCUGCCUGAACAACGGGACGUGCACAUCCACCUCUCCACCCGCAUGUUUGUGUCCACCCCAGACCCACGGCCCGCUCUGUUCCAUCCUGGACCCCACUCCUCUCAACUUCAACAUCUGCGCCACGGCCCCCUGCGCCAACGGAGCCACCUGCACCUCCACCACCACUCCACACGAGUUCACCUGCAAAUGCCGACCGGGCUUCACCGGCUCGGACUGCUCCGAAAAAUGCGACGCCACGUGCGGUCUGCUCAUAGAAACGGAGGAAUUAAAACAAGAGUUAUCCACCCAACACGUGGUCUUUGUCAUCGUUGUGAGUGUGAGCACGCCGUUGAUGAUUUUGAUCGCCGUGGCCGUGGUUAUUCUGCUCAAAAAGAAGAAGGAGGAGGAGAGGAGGAGGAAUGAUCAGGUUGCGAGGGUGCAGAAUGAGAGGAAUGCUGCCAGGGAUUUUGGGAAUAGUGGUGGAGGUGGAAAUGGUGGGUCGGGGGAAAAGUACGGGAUAGUUAAUAGUCUAAAUAAUAACAAGAAAUUGAGCAAUUUGGAUCUUUCGAGGUUCAAUCAGCAGCAGUUUUCAAAGGGCCCGCUCUGCAGUUACCCCUCCCCCUCCUCCCCCACACCCACCACCACAGCAACAUCCUACACCACCAACCUCCUCCCGCCCCACUCCCCCCUAUUACUCGACCCUUAUAACCCUCCCCCAAAUAAUUCUACAAAGCAGCAAAAUUCCCCUUUAGCACCACCUACGCCUGCUGUGAUUUUAAAUAAAUUCGAUCUAGUUUACGACUUAAAUUUAGCCACGGAAGUUUGACUUUUUUUAAAUAUUAAAUUUAAGUUAAUUUAGUUAGAUUUUUAUUUGAAUUGAUCUCUUAUCAAAAGACUUUGUUCCUGUUUUUUGUACAGAUAUAUUUAUUGUGUGGGUUAAGAAAAAAAUGUGAAAUAUUUUGAGAAAGAAAAUCGAGUUAAAAACGUGUGGAAUAAAAUAAAGAUGUGAAGAGUAAGAAA